GCUGAUUUUAGGACUCGUAUUAAAUGUUUUCAGUUUAAAAUAAACAAAAUUGUAUCUUCAAUCAUGAGUGAUCAUGUUUGAAGGCUUGAUUUUUAUGUCGUUUUAAUGUUAUCUAAGCUAAUGUUUUGAAUAUGAAUGAAAUCCUAGAUACAACACUUAUACAACACCUAUGAAAUAAACAUACCUACGAGUUAAAAAAGCUGGUGCACCAUAUUGUUUUUUUUUUUUAGAAAACCCUGGGGAAGUUUUUUGAUGUUCUUUUUUGGGAAACGUCAACUCACGUAACCUUAAGAUCGAAAGUGUCAAUAUUUACUGCAUAUCAUGUUUCCACUGUAAUAUAUUGACAACACUAUGAUAAUUUCUUUUGUUUACUUUUGUGGCGAACUUCCAUUAGACAGCAAGAAAAUUUUUGUGGGAAAACUAAAAAAGUAGUUCAUUACAUUUAUUUGUAGCCAGCAUAGUUCAUCAUGAAACGUAGGAAAACGGGUAUGGCCGACGAUGACGCCCCUUCUAAGUCGUUGGGAAUACGUAUACAGGGCAAGAUUGCCAGCAAGAUGUCUACAAAGGGCUUAGCCAAACAAGUCGUGGAUGGACCGACGUCCGAUCUGAUUGAUAACUGCUACAAAAUCGCCAAGACUUACUUGGAGAGUAAGAAAGACGCGGAGAAAAUAAUGAAGAACAUGAUAAAACUUGUCGUUAAGGUGGCCAUAUUGUCUCGAAACAAUAUGUUCACCAAGGAGGAGAUAACGCAUCUGCAGAACUUUCAGAAAAAAUUCAAAACUCUAGCCAUUACGAUAAUUAGUUUUUAUGAAGUGGACUUUACCUUCGACGGCGAGUACAUGAUUAAAAUUUUGAAUGAGUCGAGAGAACUCCUCGAACUGUCCGUGAAAAAUCAUCUAACGGAUAAAUCGUUGAAGCGGAUCGAUAACGUGUAUUCGUUUUAUUCCGACCCGAAAGUGUUAGAUAAGCUUUUCUUACCAGACAGCUCCUACCGGCCGUUUCUUGAAAAUAUCGUCAACGCCCUCAACAAACUCAUUGACAAUGGAGAAUUGUAAAAUAAAAAAAUAGAUUCGGAAUUGUUAUGGUCACGUGACUUAAGAAGUGAUUAAUGGCGGUAAAAGCAUGUUACUGUUGUACAUUUUUACGCUACGCCUGGAUAUAUGACUACACAACAUUUUUUUAUCUUCACGACACGCAUAACUUUUAUUUUUAGUUUGAUGUCUAUAUCGCCUUUGCUUUUAAAAAACUUAAAAUCUUACCAUAGGAGAUAAGUCUAGUCUCGCACAGCAAUUACCACCAUUAUAAUUGUCUUUCCAUAGCUCCAUUUUUUUUAUUAUCGAUCUUACUUUAUCCUUACAAAUAAUAAUUUGUUCUUUUUAUAUGUGUAUUUGUUUUUAUCAAUAUACAACUGUGACAUUUUA